CCGGGUUCUCCAACCGGACGUCUUGGGGAGGAACCUAGAGCCGUGGCGCCAGCGUGCCGGAAGUUGUCUCUAGACGGAUGGAGUCUCUUCUAGCUUUGCUCGCUGCAGACUGUUUCCAGUUUAGACGCCAGCGUGCUCCUCACCCACCCUUCUCAGCCUUCCAGAAUGUCUGCGAUUCCUGCAGAAGAGAGCGACCAGCUGCUGAUCCGACCCCUCUGGACUGUGGGAUCCACCCUGGCCUGGAAGGAAUGGAUGCUCUUCCUUACAUCGAUUUGAUUGACCCGGCUGAGAUCGAUCUCCUGUUAAUUAGUCAUUUCCACUUGGAUCACUGUGGCGCUUUGCCCUGGUUUCUGCAGAAGACAAGCUUCAAAGGAAGGACGUUCAUGACUCACGCCACCAAAGCCAUUUACAGAUGGCUUCUCUCGGAUUACGUCAAAGUCAGCAACAUAUCAGCAGACGACAUGCUGUACACCGAGACAGAUUUGGAGGAGAGCAUGGACAAAAUCGAAACGAUCAACUUUCACGAAGUGAAGGAGGUGGCGGGGAUCAAGUUCUGGUGUUACCACGCCGGCCACGUGCUGGGAGCUGCCAUGUUCAUGAUCGAGAUCGCAGGCGUGAAGCUUUUGUACACCGGUGAUUUCUCAAGACAGGAAGACCGACACCUGAUGGCGGCUGAAAUCCCCAACAUCAAGCCAGACAUUCUGAUCAUCGAAUCGACCUACGGAACCCACAUCCAUGAGAAGCGCGAGGAGCGAGAGGCAAGGUUCUGCAACACCGUGCACGACAUCGUCAACAGGGGUGGCAGGGGCCUCAUCCCCGUCUUCGCACUCGGAAGGGCUCAGGAGCUGCUCUUGAUUCUAGACGAGUACUGGCAGAAUCACCCCGAGCUGCACGACAUCCCCAUCUACUACGCGUCGUCCUUGGCUAAGAAGUGCAUGGCGGUGUACCAGACCUAUGUCCACGCCAUGAACGACAAGAUCCGGAAGCAGAUCAACAUCAACAACCCCUUCGUGUUCAAGCACAUCAGCAACCUCAAGAGCAUGGACCACUUCGACGACAUUGGCCCCAGCGUCGUCAUGGCCUCGCCAGGCAUGAUGCAGAGCGGCCUUUCCAGGGAGCUCUUCGAGAGCUGGUGCACCGACAAGAGGAACGGCGUCAUCAUAGCGGGGUACUGUGUGGAAGGGACGCUGGCCAAGCACAUCAUGUCUGAACCCGAGGAAAUCGCCACCAUGUCCGGACAGAAGUUGCCGCUGAAAAUGUCUGUUGACUACAUUUCUUUCUCUGCUCACACAGAUUACCAGCAAACCAGCGAAUUUAUCCGCGCUCUGAAACCACCCCAUGUGAUUUUAGUGCAUGGAGAGCAGAAUGAGAUGGCCAGGCUGAAGGCAGCGCUUAUUCGCGAGUACGAAGACAACGACGAGGUCCACAUAGAGGUGCACAACCCUCGGAACACAGAGGCCGUGACCCUGAACUUCAGGGGAGAGAAGCUAGCCAAGGUCAUGGGCUUUUUAGCAGACAAAAAGCCAGAACAAGGCCAGCGGGUCUCAGGAAUUCUUGUUAAGAGAAACUUUAAUUAUCACAUCCUUUCUCCUUGUGACCUGUCCAACUACACCGACCUGGCCAUGAGCACCGUGAGGCAGACCCAGGCCAUCCCCUACACCGGGCCCUUCCACCUGCUGUCCUACCAGCUGCGGAAACUGACCGGUGACGUAGAAGAAUUAGAAAUUCAAGAAAAACCUGCUUUGAAAGUAUUCAGAAAUAUUACCGUAAUACAGGAACCAGGCAUGGUAAUACUAGAGUGGCUGGCGAACCCGUCCAACGACAUGUACGCGGACACCGUGACCACCGUGAUCCUCGAGGUGCAGUCCAACCCGAAGAUAAGGAAAAGUGCGGCUCAGAAGGUUUCGAAGAAGCUGGAGACGCACGUGUACAGCAAGCGCCUGGAGACCAUGCUGCAGGACAUAUUUGGCGAAGACUGCGUGAGUGUGAAGGAUGGCUCCAUCCUCAGUGUCACCGUGGAUGGCAAAACGGCCAACGUUAACUUGGACACCCGGAGCGUGGAGUGCGAGGAGGGCAGCGAGGACGACGAGUCGCUGCGGGAGAUGGUGGAGCUGGCGGCGCAGCGGCUGCACGAUGCGCUCACCCCGUGCGCGUGCGCGGACCGCCCGUGAGCCCCGCCGGACGCGCUGGACCCCAGGGCUUAGCCCAGAGCGCCGUGGACCUGCUGUUACUGCUGCCGCCGGGCCAGGGGAGGCUGAGGCAGGAACACCGCGACUUCCAGCCCAGCCCCCCAACUUGGCGAGACACUCUCCAAAUAAAAAAUGAGAGGAGCUGGGGAUGACGCUCAGUGCU